AUAAUAAAUUAAGAGGGGAGAGUAGAGUUAAAACAUUUCAAGUUCAUCACCAGUACUCUCAAGUGUGUUUGACAAUGGGUAUACCAAACGCGUUAGUUUUGCUAACUUUUGUUAGUCAGGUUUUGUGCUAUUCGGGAGAGUUUGUGCCAAAAUCGUACUAUGUUAUUGACCACGACGGCCAUAAAUCUGAUGUUGUCUACUUCAGGAGUAAAAGGGAUGUAGAAUUAUUUCCACUUUUAAGAAUGAAACGUGGCGGUGGAUCUUCGGCUUCUUCCCAAAGCUCUGCACAGGCCUCCGCUUCGAGCAACAGUAACAGUGGAUCUGGGGGUGGUGGCGGCGGCGCACCGUUUUAUCCUGGAGGAAAUGGAUACAACCCAGGAGUUGUAGAUCCUGGUUUCGCUGGAAACUUUGAUCCAGACUUUUUCCAUUUUGGUGGCGGUGACAGCGGUGUUGGAGGCAACGGAGGCGGCGGCUACUCGCAUUCGUUCGCUAGUUCAAGUUCCAGCAGCUCGUCCGGCAACGGACAAGGUUUUGGUGGAGUUGGUGGCCCCGAUGGUCAUAAUAUCCCAACAUUGUUUUCUCGUUUUGGUGAAGAUACUGGUACCGGUGUGAAGGUCUCUGGCGCCGCCCAAGGUCCAAGAGGUGCCUUUAGUUCGAGUUCUUCAUCUAUUGACGGGGAUGGAAAAAUAAAAUAUUCCGUUAAGUCUGGCAAAUACUAAAGUUUCAGGAACAUGAAAAUUAUUACCAGUGUCAAUUAUAAAUAAAAAAAAAUGUAAAAAGUGAAAA